UUCGGGUUGAAAUAGUAGCUUGCGAUUGCGCAUGUAGGAUAUAAAUCUCCGAUUCUGUUUAAUGAAAAUCAUUUUGAAGACGAUCUUUUUAGCGAUGGGAUGCGAUUCUAUUGUUAGAAAGAUGAGCGUGAAACACUAUGCCAAAACGUCGACGUAGACCUUCGCAUAACAACCAUCUCAUUUGAAAUUCACAAUAGACAUUCAAUAUAAAAAUAUUUAGUACAACAACAAUACUUUUCAUAUAAGUAUAAGUAAUACAAAAAAGUUAUCAUGGGAAAUUCUUUGAAAAAGAGAAGAAGAAAAACUGAUGAUAGGACGCAUCAAGCAGGCCUUGAGGAAACUGCAAACACUCCUGCUGGUGGUUUUCAGCGUACAUCAGAGCAAGGAAAUGAUCAGCUACAAGACAAAGUAGAAGGUGGCGAUAAGGCUACAGAAGGUCUCGACAACCUAUCGAGCCAAACAAACAAACAAAGAGACGAUAUCAACGCGAUAGUGGUUGACAAGACAACAGAAAUACAUGAUGUUUUUCGGUCGCACCAGACACGUUUAGAAAACAUUACAAACGUUUUAGCCGGGGAACUCGAGGAAACAGCAGAUAGAACAAUAAAACCACAAGUAUCAAGCUUUAAUGAACUAGUAAGUAAAGAAAAGAGAACUAUCAACUUGUUAGCUGCAGACUUUGAAGACACUGCGCAUCGAGAAAGACGACUUCUUAAUGAGGACGUAGAAACACACAAGCGAGACAUUGACGCCCUAGCUACUAGGAGGAAGGACGAGAUUUCACAGCAGCAGAAGCAGGUGGAUGAAGCCUUCAGAACGGGCCUCAAAAAAACUCUUCUUCAACACCAUUUAAAAAGCAAUUCUACACUUUCGCUAGGGCCGUUCUUUCGUCAUGGUGACUCCCGCCUGGAGGAUUUUUACAUGCCUCCAAGGCUUUUUGAAGUAUUGCAAAAAAUAAAGGUUGAUACCGACAACCGGGCAACAGAAAACCAGAAAUCUCCUAUUACAUCACUUGAACAGCUACUGACACCUAAUGAUAAAACGAACAAAAUCACAAUCAUAACCGCGAAUGCUGGUGUUGGUAAAACAUCAUUUUGUAAGUUUGUAGCUGUUUUGUGGUGCGCAUUACAUGACGACCAAACGGAUACAAUCAGCAAAUUUAAAGAGAGGUUUGACAUUCCCUUUGCUUCUUUAGAAGACAUACCCUAUCUCCUCUACAUUCCAAUGAGGGAUAUUCCGCCGGACCGCACCCAUUCCAUUGAAGAUAUCAUCUUUGCUCACUUGGAAAAUGAGAUUGGAUACCAGAAGCAAGACCGAGAAAAACUGGAAAGGGUAUUCAUAGACGAACGUUGUUUGGUCAUCUUAGAUGGAUUGGACGAGGCUUCUUUGUCAACGUUGAACUCACCAAUGGCAAACCGGAAGUACAGCAUAAUUAUAACAUGCCGCCUAUGGAAACUUGCAGAUAUGGCAUUGCCGAAGUACAUGCAUGUUAGUAUUGACGAUCUCAGCCAAAUUUCACAAAAACAGCUGUUUAAACACGUGAAUCAAAUCUUAAACAUUUUUUACGGGACAACUUUUGAAGUUGAAGACUUCUUUGCCACUUUAAAAACACUGAAACUGCAGUCACUUUCCUCUAACACGCUCGUUGGACUCCAACUUUACUGCAUCUGGCAAGAUCGACGUAUGGACGACGAAACACCAGAAAAUAAAAAAACUAGUGUAAUGCUUGGGCCAACAAGAUCACACAUCUAUGCAGAUAUAUUGGAAAUGAUGUUCAGCGUAGUAAACAACAAAAGCAAAGAUAACUCAGAACGUCCACAUACACCAUCUCCCGCACAAAGGCCUCUUCCUAAAUAUUUUGAGGGACGGAAGCUGUGUAAAGCAAAAUCUUCUUUGAUUUAUGAAACAGGAAAAGUUGCUUUUGAGAUGUUAAUUAACUCGAAGAACGAUUUUAACCAGGCAACCAUGAAUUCGUUACAAGAUGAGCAAUUUCUUUUAAAUUCAGGACUGAUCUCAGCCGAUAGGUCACACAAGUGCAGUAUUGAAAGCAAAGUGUACCGAUUUCUACACAAAACCUACCAGGAAAUGUUAGCAGCAUUAUAUAUUUCGUCACUGGAUUUCAAGAGUGAAGACUGGCUUGCGUUUGAGAACAACUUCAAUACUGCGUUUUCACCGGACUUAAUGUCCUUCCUGUGCGUGAUGAAUUACGAGCAUGGCCGGCGAUGUUCGGAAAUGUUCGGGGAUACGGAGCGGGAGUUUUACAGAGGAGAUACAUUUUAUUCAAAUGAGAUCUCCGAGUAUCAAGAGGCCGUGCUAUUAGCUUACAACGAAUGUGUGAACAAUGGUGUGUCAAAUCCGCAACUUACGUUAAGACAUGCAUACCUAGAUAGGGAAAACAUUGCGGCAAAUUAUCCACUGUUGCAACACAGCCGUAAUGGAUUGAAGUCGUGCGCUAUUAAAUGUUCCGAAGAAUACCCUGUUAUCAUCAGCAUGACAGGCAUGGAACAACUGAACACAUUAUGUAUAUCCAGUGAAAAUGAGAACGAUGCUUAUCCACAAACUAUUCCAACAUGUUCUUUAAACAAAUUAACAGUACUGUGUCUGUUCAAUUUGUACAUAGAAAAUGACAACCUACACCUGGCAUCAUGUGAGAAUCUUAAAAUUUUGGUUCUGAAUAACGUCCACCUCCAGCAUAUGACUAUCGCCCCGGCACAGCUGGAGAAGUUCUGGGUCUACAUCAAGGAUGACAUGCUGGAGAAGACACCCCCAAUGGAGGUGACAUUCGCACGCGGGGAACAGUUUACAGGCAAAUUACGAAAGCUCAGUCUGCACAACGUUACUUUGAAUGAAACCCUUAAUAUACGGCAGUGUGAUAAACUACAAGAACUGUGGUUGCACGCAUUAACACUUCCUGACGACUUCCACCUGGACCUGUCCUCAUUCACGGACCUCACUGAAGUUACACUACAGAAUCUCCGUCUCCACCAUGUGACCAUAGCCCCUGCAAAGCUGGAGAAGUUCUGGGUCACCAUCAAGGAUGACAUGGUAGAGAAGACUACCCCAAUGGAGGCGACAUUCGCACACGGGAAACAGUUUACAGAGAAAUUACGAGAACUCAUUCUGUACAACUUUACUUUAAAUGAAACCCUUAAUUUACGGCAGUGUGAUAAACUACAAAAACUGUGGUUGUGCAGAUUAACAUUUCCUGACGACUUCCACCUGGACCUGUCCUCCUGCACGGACCUCACUGAAGUAAGACUACAGAACAUCAACCUCAAGCAUGUGACCAUAGCCCCGGCCCAGCUGGAGAAGUUCUGGGUCUACAUCGAGGAUGACAUGGUAGAGAAGACACCCCCAAUGGAGGUGACAUUCGCACAAGGGGAACAGUUUACAGAGAAAUUACGACAGCUCAUUCUGCACAACGUUACUUUUAAUGAAACCCUUAAUAUACGGCAGUGUGAUAAACUACAAAAACUGCAGCUGGCCACAUUAACAUUUCCUGACGACUUCCACCUGGACCUGUCCUCCUGCACGGACCUCACUGAGAUCUAUUUUUUUAACCUUCGUCUCCUGCAUGUGACCAUCGCCCCGGCCCAGCUGGAGGUGUUUUGUGUAUCUAUCAAUAAUCAGAUGCGGAAGAAGACACCGCCUAUGGAGGUGACAUUUGCAAAUGGUGAACACUUUACAAAGAAACUACGAGAGCAAAGGAUGGACAAUGUUACUUUAAAAACAACCCUUGAUAUACCAGAGCGUGAUUAACAACGCAAUCUUCGCCCUACCACAUGUAAAUUAUCGUAAAAGAUAAACGUGAGAUUAAGUGACUUGAAAAAUGCUAAGGGUAAGUAAUCUGCACGUUAUCAGUAUGAAUGUCAUUUUCUUGAACAAUAUUUUCUUAUUAAUAUAUCCCACAGUUAAAUCAGUUGAAUAGCUAAGAUUUGUGCAAGUUAUCCAAUAUAUCUUAAACAUUUAAAAAAAAAACGAAUUUACUUUUCUUUUUUACUUCUUAAAGCUGCACUCUCACAGAUUAACCAUUUUUACAACUUUUUAAUUUUUUGUCUUGGAAACAGAAAUUUUUUACGUAAAUAUCUGCAAACCAAUGAUAAAAGAAUGCUGACAAAUGAUCGGAUCGCAGAUUUGCAUAUUUCCGUUCGAAAAUUAAUGUUUAAUGGCUUUAACCUUACUAACGGUUUAAGUAAAAUGCAUAAAACGUUAACCUAAAUCUGACAUCUAAUAUUUUUCCAGCAGGCUUAUAUAAUUAGUUUCCAUGGAUUUUCGCAAAAAUUGGCUCGUUCCAAGACAAAAAAAAGUUGUCAAAACGUUCAAUCUGUGAGAGUGCAGCUUUAAAUAUGUUUUUCAUAUCUUGUAAAUAUUUUGAUUUUAUUAUUUAAUUAAACAUUGUUUUACCCUGUGAAUCACAGUCCUAGGAACAGGCGUAUUAUAUCAAAAGACAUAUUUUGUGCAAAUAGUUUGUUGGAUCAAGGGGGGUACUUUAGAUAAACAUAAAAUGUUCGUGAUAUUGUAUAUAACUACUCGGGUUUAUGAAAGUAAUACUUACUGUGUAAAUGUGAGGAUAAUUCGAAUACUUGGCCGAUUGUUCGGAACAUUGUUCAAGUUAACAACGUUGUUAACGUAAUCGCUUACUUUCAGAUCGUUGCUGCUCUGAAAAUCUAAUGGAUUUAAUUGAUGUCUGCUGUAUAUCUUAAAAAAGAUUUAAGACCGCCCAAGCAGCUGUAUGUUAUAUAUUUCAUAUAAAUACGCGAGCACAUAAUGAAAUAGUUAAUUUUUAAACGUUAUUAUCGAUGUCGUAAAUCACAUUGAUUACUUCGACAAUGUUCUGAACAAUCGAGCCAGUGUUUACAACACCAGUGAAAAUCAAUGUGGUAUAGCCUGAAAAGAUCAUCAAUAGUACAUAGUGUACAUAUAUAACUAAAACUUAUAACAAUAUUUAUUAACAUUGAUAGUUAUAGCAAUAUUCAUUAACAUUUUUGGUUAUGGCAAUAUUUAUUAACAUUUAUAGUUACACCAAUAUUCAUUAAUAUUUAUAGUUACACCAAUAUUCAUUAACAUUUAUAGUUAUAGAAAUAUUCAUUCACACUUUUGUAAUCUGAUGACAUACAUGUUUAAUUAAUGAUGGAUGGCUUAUCUUAAUGCACUAACACAUCUUUGUAUCCUAAAGAUGGAUGGCUUAUCUAUUGGCGUACCCUUAUGCACUUAUACGCCUUUUCAUCCUAAUAAAGGAUGGCUUACCUUAAUGCAAUUAUACAUCUUUGCAUAUCGAUGAUGGGUUACUUACCUUAAUGCACUAACACGGCUUUGCAAUCGAAUAUUAGAUAGCUUACCUUAAUACAUUAACACUUCUUUGCAGCAUAAUGAAGGAUGGCUUACCUUAGUUCACUCACACCUCUUUGCAGCAUAAUGACGGAUGGCUUACCUUAAUACAUUAACACUUCUUUGCAGCAUAAUGAAGGAUGGCUUACCUUAGUUCACUCACACCUCUUUGCAGCAUAAUGACGGAUGGCUUACCUUAAUACACUAACACAUCUGUGCAGCAUAAUGAAGGAUGGCUUACCUUAGUUCACUCACACAUCUUUGCAGCAUAAUGACGGAUGACUUACCUUAAUGCACUGACACAUCUGUGCAGCAGAUAGCUUACCUUAGUUCACACACACAUCCGUGUAGCCUUAUGAUUGAUCAUUAACGUUCAUGUUGUUCUAAAAAACGAACAUUCAACAAUUCGCAUAGAUACCGUCCACGCAAAUAUUGCUGAAACUAGUUUUGUCACUUUUUUAAACAAUGAAAUCUAAAGAAGUGGUGAAUGUGUUUGAAAACGAAAACUAUUGACAUAUCAAUGUAUAUUUACAUGUAUUUUGUUUAGAAUCGACAAUUAUAUGUCCAUUAGAAUUUGCCAUAUAGUUCGCUUUAUGCUAUCUCUUUGGUGUAAUUCUCUGUAGAUUAUGUUUGCCAUGAACUUUAAAUUAUGCAUGUAUUCACAUUAACUGUUGGAUCUCAUGUAGAUGGUAGAUAUUGUCAAUCAUAUUGUAAUUUUCAUUACGAACCUAUGUUUAAUAAUGUUGAUCAGAUGGUCAUCUAUUAAGUCGUUAUUUCAUAUGUAAACACACUUAAGAGUGUACUUAUUGUCAAGGAAUCUAUUUUUUUCAUGUAUUGUGUUUGCAUUUUAUCAUUAUUUGAUUUGCAAUUUAGAAUGUAAAUUUGAAGAUGAAGCAUAUGUUUCAUCUGUUAUGAUAAAAGAAGGAACUUUUAACAAACGGGUUGAUUUUCGUUGGUCACAAUGUGAUCACAGUCACUUGGAAUUUCUAAACCAAACAUCUAUUUAAUGAGUGGUCAACAUUUUAUUUUGUCCUUUCAAAAGGAAAUACUUCUCAAGUGUUCUGAUUUUUCUGACAUUUAUUUCUGUAAAUAAGCAGUUUGAUUUUUAUCAGAUAAGGCGGUAAAAAUAAAUAUUGACUGGUCAAGAAAGUGGGUAGUUUACAAAAUAGUAUGUUGACCACUAAAACAUUUUAUAUGUUCUUAUGUUUGUAAUUACGUACUUACUAUUAUUAACCAUUACAUAAUCAGUAAAUAUAUCUUUACUUUACAACGAAAUGGACAUGAGCAUCAGUCAUAUAGUUGUUUAUUUGUGUCUUUUUUGAACACAUGAGGUUUUUGUAGUGAUCUCUAGUUAUCCAUCUGAACACCUCGGCCAUUUUCCAUCGAAAACUACCUCUGAUAUAUAUUGGCGGUUGACAUUGUCAGAAUGUUUACAUUUAAGUACGCUACAAGUUGAUCGUGUAGUAAUUAAAAUGUAGCAGUUUAACCCAAUGGCUUUCCUCUAGGAACCUUAAUAAGUUAUGCACUAAUACACUUCAAUGGCAAUUGAACUUGAACAUAGUAGUAUACAAUACACAUUUAACACUGAAACUACUUCCGAGAUUGUUUUCUAUGGAAAAUGGCUGAUGUUUUGCAAAUGUGUAUGAAGUUGCGCCAGAAGACCACUAGACAUCUCUGGUACCUAACUCUCAGCACUCUGUUGUCUCCUUGCGCCAGAAGACCACCAGACAUCUCUGGUACCUAACUCUCAGCACUCUGGUGUAGCCUUGUGCCAGAAGACCACUAGACAUCUCUGGUACCGGACUCUCAGCACUCUUGUGUCGCAAUGCGCCAGAAGACCACUAGACAUCGCUGAUACCUAACACUCAGUACUCUGGUGUCGGCUUGUGCCAGAAGACCACCAGACAUCUCUGGUUCCUGACUCUCAGCACUCUUGUGUCGCAAUGCGUCAGAGGACCACUAGACAUCUCUGGUACAUAACACUCAGCACUCUGGUGUCGCCUUGUGCCAGAAGACCACUAGACAUCUCUGGUACUGGACUCUCAGCACUCUGGUGUCGCCUUGUGCCAGAAGACCACCAGACAUAUCUGGUACCGGACUCUCAGCACUCUGGUAUCGCCUUGCGCCAGAAGACCACCUGACAUCUCUGGUUCCUGACUCUCAGCACUCUUGUGUCGCCAUGCGCCAGAAGACCACUAGACAUCUCUGGUACCGGACUCUCAGCACUCUGGUGUCGCCUUGGCAUUAGGUAUGUACUCGUAUAUACAUUUGUAAACCACAAGCCAUCUAUUAAAUGAACAACUAAAACCAACAAGAAAUUAGGCUGGUCUGUACAUAAAUAAAAUAUAUGUAAUUCAUGAUAAAAAUAAAUUUUGCGCAAAAAAUGUUCACACAAACCCAUAUAUUCGUGUUUUUGUUUGUAAAGAAGACAAAACAAAUACCGAAAAGUUUCUAAUACUUUUUAUAAUGUUUGAAAAAUCUCUGACUGAAAUAUAAACAUUCUCCUUUUAGAUGAAUGGUUCACUGGGUAUUUAUGUAAUUGUAAGAAAAACAAAUUAUUACGAAUGAUUCACAGCUUGCUUAAACAAUGUUGUCGUCUGCAAUUAUGUUUUAUAGACAAAGAUCUAGCUUUCAGUCUUUGUGAAGUGAAAUCAACAAAGUGGCAGACAUCAGGCAGUGGAAUGCGAACCACUGCAUGAAAAUACAGUACACGUUUCACAUACGAAAAUGUAGAGAUACCUGUUGCUACUUACCAAAGCGGACCACGAGGUGAGGAAUUAUCAUCACAGGGACUUCCGGAUCCUAUCCUGGACAAAGAUAAUCAACAUUAUAGCGAGCUGUCAUUCAUCAACUUUAGGAAACAUCCCUGAUCAACGUCUCUUCCAGUUCAUGUUGAUACUGACCAAGCCAGCAGCAGUUCCGCUGAUCUUUAUCCAUAUGCUCUUGAGGAUAAAUAAGAAGAAAUCUCAUCUGAAGCGCCUGACCAUUCUGUUGAACAUACCAGUCCAGCUGCGGAGGGACUUAUUGGACCAACUUACGGAACCAACCAUCUCAUUGAUUGCUCAAACAGGACAUUGUUGAAUGUAACGACCCUCGGCUGUACUACAGUCGCAACACUUUAACAUGCGAACCAAACCUACUGAAUGCUACUUGUAUAUCUUCAAUUCAAUUUUACCUGUGGAACUCCCAUAACAGAGUGGUAGUAGCUAGAAAACGUUUGGAAACUCCGUAGUUAUAUCCUUUUAGGCAAGCAAAUUAUUUAACGGAAUAAACGUGUGUUGUGAUUCUGGGACAUUGGUAGUGUUAUUGAUAGCUCUUCGAAAACUAAAAACAAACCUGGGUGUCCCAUUUAUGAGAUCUUCAUGAAAAUGGAAAAGAUCCAAUCGCCAAGCGCCCAUAUUGUAAAUAAAACAUGAAGUAGACAACUGGAACAUUCAUAAGAAUAUGUUGCAAUAUGAAUAUCAUGCUCAAUGACAAUGAAUGUAUAAAAAAAUUGAGAAUAUUAAAAACCAGAAUUCUGUUCAGAUUUUGUAUAAUGUUAUAGCAAAAAAUACUCUUGGUAAAUGGGCUUUGUAGGCUGUUGUGUUUUCAAGAAAUAAAUCCAGGCUUUUGUGUCAGCCAUGGGAUCGUUAUUGCGAACAUUAUGCAACGCGGUUAACCUCCAUCAUAACUAAAGUGUUCAGUAAAAAACCCAAAUGAAACUUUUUACAAACGAGCAAAAUACACAAGUAUUGUAAUGUUCAUUACUAGUUUAAAUUAUCAUUAAAAUGCCCCUUUUAAAUGAUGAAAUUAGGAAGGAGCAUUGGCGUUUCUUCCGCAGCACUUCCAUUUGAAAGAUUCAUAAUAUUGAGUGGUCGGAAGCAAAGUCCUUAUUUCAAGAGUAACACUUGUAUUGAUAGGUUUAGAAUCUGUGAAUCCCAAACCAAAGUUUGUGUUGAUGUCUGGAAGAAGAAAGUGUGUUUUUGUAUGAUUUUAAUUAGAUACAACAGCUGUUUUCUUUGUUAUAAUCUCUGAUCAUUUACUUUAUAUAUAUUUUUUUUUAUAACUUUGUGUGUAAAAAUUGAAUUGUUUGUAUAAAAAAAACAGCUUGACCUAAUGUUUAAAUGAAUUGGAGACGGAAAGAAUAAAAAUGUGUUUUUGUGUGUAUUUUUGUAGGAAUUUCCGAAAUAAAACUGAAUAAAAUGCUAAAUACAGAA